AUGUCGAAGAAAAGAUCUCAAAUCCCAACCCUGAGAUUGGCAAAAUGACAGCAAUACCGGCACGCAGAGGCGUAGCAGCCCUAAUCUCAGUCUCGACUUCGAGAGCAUCGCCAUUGGCCUACCGGACAUCACAACGCAGUUUCUCUUCGUCCCGCAUCUGCGCCGCAUACGCGACACCAGCGCCUAAGGCUGCGACAACGUCGACAACGACAACAACCUCUACGGUGAAACCAGCAACUACAACAUCAACAGUACCAAGACCAGCGACCACAUCAUCGACUGCUACGCCGCAACGGACAGUCGUGCCUUCAUUCCCUGCCAAGGAACCCCCGGUGCCUACCACACGCACCAAUGCCGCCGACACUGCUGCACAGGCAGCUCGCAAGCAAAGGUCCUUAACUGACGGGCUCUCCGAUGCUCCGCCCGAACUAGAAGGUGUACCAGCGAUAGAUUGGACGCGCUCCUACCAUGGACUCGGCAGCAUAUCAUUCACGCCAGAGCAGUCGGACACACUACUUGCGCCCAUUACACAAGACGAUGUCGAGGUCAAGCCUGAUGGCAUCAUAUACCUACCAGAAAUCAAGUACAGGCGGAUACUGAACAAGGCGUUUGGGCCCGGAGGAUGGGGGCUGGCGCCGAGAGGCGAGAGUAUUGUGACUGGCAAGUUGAUUACGAGGGAGUAUGGUCUUGUUGUGCAGGGAAGACUCGUUUCCAUAGCCCGUGGCGAGCAACAAUAUUUCGAUCCCGACGGUAUUCCCACCGCGACCGAGGGCUGCAAAUCUAAUGCUCUGAUGCGAUGCUGUAAAGACUUGGGUAUUGCAUCUGAGCUCUGGGACCCUCGCUUCAUUAGGGAAUUUACGAGCAAGAUGACAAAGGAAGUGUGGGUGGAGCAUGUGAGCACAAAAAAGAAGAGGAAGAUUGUGCUGAGGAAGGACGACACGGCAAAGUAUCCAUACAAAGAAGUGAAGGCAUAG